CCCCGAACUCCCCCGCCGAGGCCGCCCCACCUGCGGCCGGGCCGCCGCCCCGCGGCGCUGGCCCCUGCCUCCGACCCGCCCCGGGGCCGGUGCGCGGCGGGGGAGGGAAGCGGUGGGGGUGGUUGGUUAACCCUUUCCCCACCGGGCGGCUCCGGAAACGGCCGCGGCGGCGGUCCCGUGAGGCGCGGCGCUGUGUCCUGUGCCCGGGCGGGGAGGGGUGGCGCAGGCCGGGGGAGAGCGCGGGGCGGGGGGGGCCGCGGGAGCCGCUCCCUCCUUGCCCAGCCCGGCCCGGCAGAGGGAGGAGGAGGAGGGCGCAGAGCGCAGACAUGGCGGCCAACAUGUACCGAGUGGGAGAUUAUGUUUAUUUUGAAAAUUCUUCCAGCAAUCCAUAUCUCAUUAGGAGAAUUGAAGAACUUAACAAGACUGCCAAUGGAAACGUGGAAGCAAAAGUGGUGUGUUUUUACAGGCGAAGAGAUAUUUCCAACAGCCUUAUAAUGCUUGCAGAUAAGCAUGCUAAAGAAGUUGAAGAAGAGUCUGAAACUACAAUUGAGGUUGACUUGACUGAUAAACAGAAACACCAGUUGAAGCACAGAGAGCUCUUCCUUUCUCGCCAGUAUGAGUCCCUUCCGGCAACGCAUAUCAGGGGAAAAUGCAGUGUUGCACUCCUGAAUGAGACAGAAUCUGUGCUGUCAUAUCUGGAGAAAGAGGAUACUUUUUUUUAUUCAUUGGUGUAUGACCCAUCACUGAAAACGCUUUUAGCAGACAAGGGAGAAAUCAGAGUGGGGCCUAGAUAUCAAGCAGAUGUGCCAGACAUGCUUGCAGAAGGAGAAUUAGAUGACAGAGAACAGGCAAAGCUGGAAGUAAAAGUAUGGGAUCCAGAUAGCCCCCUUACUGACCGUCAGAUUGACCAGUUUUUAGUUGUAGCACGUGCGGUUGGCACGUUUGCUCGAGCAUUGGACUGCAGUAGUUCUGUCAGGCAACCUAGUCUACACAUGAGUGCAGCUGCUGCUUCCCGAGACAUCACACUGUUUCAUGCAAUGGAUACACUGCAUAAACACAACUAUGAUUUGAGCAGUGCCAUCAGUGUUCUAGUGCCACUUGGAGGGCCUGUCUUGUGUAGAGAUGAAAUGGAAGAGUGGUCAGCAUCAGAAGCUAGUUUAUUUGAAGAGGCGUUGGAAAAGUAUGGCAAGGACUUCAAUGACAUUCGACAAGACUUUCUUCCUUGGAAGUCACUGACUAGCAUCAUUGAGUAUUAUUACAUGUGGAAAACCACUGACAGAUACGUGCAGCAGAAACGUCUGAAAGCAGCUGAAGCAGAAAGUAAAUUGAAACAAGUGUACAUCCCCACCUACAAUAAACCGAAUCCCAAUCAAAUAUCUAGCAACAAUGGGAAACCUGCUGCAGUCAAUGGAGCAAUGGGAGCCUCUUAUCAGGCACAGGCCUCAGUAAUAGGUCGGGCUUGUGAAAGUUGCUAUACUCCACAGUCUCACCAGUGGUAUUCUUGGGGUCCUCCUAAUAUGCAGUGUCGAUUGUGUGCAUCUUGCUGGAUUUAUUGGAAGAAAUAUGGUGGCCUGAAAAUGCCCACACAGACAGAUGAAGAUAAACUGUCUUCCAGCCAGCCUACAGAGGAAUCCCAUGUUAGAACUCACAUGUCCCGGCAGGCCACACAGGGAACUCCAGUUCGUAACACUGGAAGUCCAAAGUCGGCAGUGAAAACGCGUCAAGCUUUCUUUCUUCACACAACGUGUUGGACAAAACUGGCCCGUCAGGUCUGCAAAAAUACCCUCCGGCUGCGGCAGGCAGCAAGACGUCCCUUUGUCCCUAUUAACUGUGCUGCCAUUAAGGCAGAAUAUGCAGAUCGACAUUUGGAAGUUGCUGGAAAUCCUCUGAAGAUCAAAAGCACCAGAAAACCACUGUCAUGUAUCAUUGGGUAUUUAGAGAUUCAUCCUGCAGUGAAACCCAAUGUAAUCAGGUCAACACCAAGCCUUCAAAGUCCAAGUGCAAAACGACUGCUUGCACCCUCCAAUCACUCUUCACUAAGUAUUUUAGGAAAAAGAAACUACAGCCAUCAUAAUGGUCUAGAUGAAUCAUCCAGCCAUACAACAAGAACAAUAAUGCAUGCUGCUCCCCAUGUUCAUAUGACUAAUGGUAAGGCCUUGCAGGCCAGUGCAAGUGCCAUUAAGACAAGCACCAUUCCAGUGAUCAAGAGACAGAGGCAAAAUUGGCUUGAUGCUUCAGAUGAUGGUUUCUUUAUAGCUACAGAAGAGACCAGAAAAAUCCGUAAGAAGUUCACCAGAUCACAGCUGAAAAGAGCUUCCAGAACACCUUGUUCUCCGAUCCUUGCAAAGACAAAGUCUCUCAUGAACAAUAAGCAGGCACGAACAGAGCCAGGAACCAUCGUGCACUGAAGAUAUAACAGCAUCAGCACUACAGUCGUGUCAGAAUCAUGUUUAAUUGUGAAUGUGGAUACCACAGGACCUUCCACAUCUUCAAGGCAGAAACACUGUGUGGACAGGUUGUGG